AUGAUUUUUUUUAAAUUAAUUUUUAAAUUUUAUAAAAAAUAUAAACAACUUUUUCGUAUUCUCUACAUAAUUAGAACGAUGGACGAUGACUGGGACGACUCUUGUGAUGUUGUUGUACAACCUCCUUCAAACACAAACUAUGGAAAUGAUAAUAUUGAUGAAGGCCAUAGCUUGUCAAGGGGUAGAGGGUUCCCAACUUUUAUAGAAGAAAGUAAUGACUUUAAUAAAGUUGGUAGCAAUGGUUAUGGUGAGCGUCGUGGUCGCGGCGGUGGUAGAGGAGGAGGUCGGGGUCGAGGUGGUCGCGGAGGCAGAGGCGGUGCGAGAGAUAGGGGAGAUAAUGAUAAUGAUGAGAAUAAUUACGAAUGGGAUAGAGGAGACCGGGAUAGAGGGGACCGGCCAGAAAGAGGCGAACGCGGUCGAGGAGGUAGAGGUGGUAGAGGGCGCGGGGGUCGAGGGGGUUCCCGACACUCGGGUGAUGAGGGUGAAGCCAUUAAUGGCGACGAAGAAACAAAGAAACCUCCAGUAACAUAUGUACCUCCAGAACCUACCACCAAUGAAACGGAAAUAUUCAGUAGCAGCAUCAGCUCUGGGAUUAAUUUUGACAAAUUCGAUUGUAUUGCUGUGAAGGUGACUGGAGAGAAUCCGCCAAAUGCAAUAGAUAGCUUCGAAUCUGCGAAUCUACGGAAAUACGUGCUGGACAACAUUCUAAAGUCCGGCUACAAGAAGCCCACGCCCAUCCAGAAACACGCCAUACCCAUCAUCAUGGCAGGCAGGGAUCUGAUGGGAUGUGCUCAGACUGGCUCUGGGAAAACUGCGGCGUUCCUUCUGCCUAUUAUUAACACACUUUUACAAGACUCCCGAGAGUUAGUUAUUGGACCAAACGGAUGCGCACAACCACAGGUCAUUAUCGUGGCACCUACUCGAGAAUUGACUUUGCAAAUAUUUAAUGAAGCUAGGAAAUUUUCGUAUGGUUCAGUGAUUAAAAUCGCAGUUGCCUAUGGGGGCACCGCUGUGCGUCAUCAAGGCGAUAAUAUAUCCAGAGGAUGUCACAUCCUAGUGGCCACGCCAGGACGUUUGUUCGACUUCGUAGAGCGCAGCCGCGUCUCCUUCGAGAGCAUUCGCUUCGUGGUACUGGAUGAGGCAGACCGCAUGCUCGACAUGGGCUUCAUGUCCAGUGUGGAGAAGAUGAUGGAGCACCCCACUAUGGUAGCGCUUACGGAUCGCCAGACCCUGAUGUUCUCAGCAACAUUCCCCGAGGAUAUCCAGCACUUAGCUGGCCGGUUCCUCAACAACUACCUAUUUGUGGCUGUGGGAGUAGUGGGUGGUGCCAGUACGGAUGUGGAACAGAUAUUCCACCAGGUCACUAAAUAUGAGAAGCAGAAUAUGCUUACUAAGUUGAUCGAGGAUAAUGAUGGCAAACGGGUGCUAGUAUUUGUGGAAACGAAACGCAACGCGGACUUCAUAGCGGCGCUCCUCUCGCAACAGCAGAUGCUCACGUCCUCUAUACACGGCGACCGCAUGCAGAAGGAGAGAGAGGAGGCUCUGGAGAACUUCAAAAGUGGCAGACAUUGUAUACUGGUCGCUACUGCUGUCGCUGCCAGAGGACUUGAUAUAAAGAAUGUAGACAUCGUAGUGAACUACGAUUUGCCAAAGAGCAUAGACGAAUACGUGCAUCGGAUCGGGCGUACCGGCCGCGUCGGCAACCGCGGGAAGGCUGUGUCCUUCUUUGAUUCAGAUCAGGAUGUAGCUCUAGUAGCGGAUUUGGCAAAGAUCCUGCGUCAAGCGGACCAGCCCGUGCCCGAUUUCCUGAAGGGCGGCGGCACUGCUACAUACAAGGAUAAUAAAUAUGGCGGCAGUGAUAUUAGGAGGACAUUAAUAAAUCAGAAUUUCAAUAACACAAGCACACCAGUGGAUCAAGGCCAGGAGCCGGAGGAGGAGUGG